AUGGAGGUCACGGCAAGGAAAGGGAUGAAAGUGUUUGUGAAUGUAGCUUCUUGGAUGGAUGGAUGGAAUGGAUCUCACGACAUGGAAAAUGGAAAUGAGAGAAGAGAGAGGGAAGGAGGAGUGAAAAGGUUGGUCUUAUUCCCAUGCCCGUACCAAGGUCACAUAAAUCCAAUGCUUCAGCUGGGUUCCUUCCUUCAUUCCAAGGGUUUUUCCAUUACAGUUAUUCACACCCAGUUCAACUCUCCUAACCCUUCAACCCACCCGGAAUUCACGUUCUUUCCAAUACAGGAUGGCUUGACUGCUGAAGAGAUCUCAUCUGGGAAUGUAUUAGCCUUUCUGCUGGCUAUAAAUGCCAACUGCAAAGCGAGUUUUCGACAGUGCUUGACUCAAGUUAUGGAACAGGAACCCGAUAACAAAAUCACCUGCGCUAUCCGUGAUGACCUUAUGUACUUCACUGAAGCUGUGGCUAAGGAUCUAAACAUCCCAAACAUCAUGUUACGAACUUCCAGCGUUACCAAUGUUCUAGCUCGUACUGCUGUCCCACAACUUCAUUCAAAAGGUCACAUCCCAUUCCCAGACUCUCAGUCACUGAAUCCAGUGCCCGAUUUUCAUCCCCUCAGGUUUAAGGAUCUGCCCACCUCCAACUUUGACACAUUUGAAAAGUACUCAGAACUAGUUGUUAAUGCAUUUGAUGUUAGGACGGCAUCAGCAAUGGUUUGGAACACCACUGAUUGUCUUGAACAAUCAUCACUAGCACAGAUCCAGCAACAAUUCCCAGUUCCAAUCUUCUCCAUAGGUCCUCUUCACAAGAUUGAAGCAGCUGCUUCUAGUAGCUUACUAGAAGAGGACACCAGCUGCAUUGCGUGGCUACUCAAGCAAUCUAACAACUCGGUUAUCUAUGUAAGCUUGGGAAGUGUAGCAUCCAUCAGUGAGAUAGAGCUCGCUCAAAUGGCUUGGGGAUUGGCCAACAGCAAGCAGCCUUUCUUAUGGGUGAUCAGACCUGGCUCAGUAAGUGGUUCAGAAUGGAUUGAGCUACUGCCUCAAGGUUUCAUAGAAGCAAUUGGAGAAGGUGGCUGCAUUGUAAAAUGGGCACCCCAAAGGGAAGUUUUGUCGCAUCGAGCAAUGGGAGGCUUUUGGAGCCACUGUGGUUGGAACUCAACCCUAGAGAGUUUAUCUGAAGGGAUUCCGAUGAUAUGCACACCGUCUUUUGGUGAUCAGAAGGUGCAUUCAAGGUAUGUUAGCCAAGUAUGGAAUGUAGGGAUGCAUAUGGACAAUGAGUUAGAGAGAGGAGAGAUAGAGAGAACUGUCAGGAAAAUGAUGGUAGACGCUGAUGGGGAGGUGAUGAGGGUUAGGGCCAAGGAUUUGAAGGAGAAAAUAGAAGUUUCUUUGAGCAAUGGUGGUUCUUCGUACAAUUUCUUGAAUAAGCUUGUGGAACUUAUCAUGUUAUUUUGACUACAAAAACAAUGUAUUACCACAACCUUGAAUAAAGCAGCCUGCAGAAGGAUGCAAGGAAGAAUUUCGUUGUAGUCCAUCCUCAACCUUGAAUAAAGUUUCCUAUUGUAAUGCAUUAGUUAGUCGCACAAAACCAAAACUUGAAGCAAAAGAGCAUGUUGAUAUGAUUCCAAACAAAUCGAAAAACCUUGUUUGUCACCAGGUGUAUACACUCGUGCCUGUAUAUAUCUAUCAGUAACAUUAGCGUAUAGAUAUGCAGUUGUAUAUACCUUUGACACAAGAGAAUCUCUCUCCUACAAAUCGUAGACGAAAGAGGAAAA